AUGCAUUUAUCGAGUGAAGUGAGUUCGACGACGAACGGACUGGGCCAUGAGGCGCCUUCGUCGAGUUAUGGUAGCUCACUGCCGAGUCAGCCGCUGACGGCUGAGUUACUAGCUGAAAGGACCUUGGAAGGUCUUUUAGCUGAUCAUCCUGGAGAGUUGGUGAAGACUGGAUGUCCUCAUGUGGUGUGCACAGUCCUGCCUCCACAUUGGCGAUCAAACAAAACAUUACCAGUAGCAUUCAAGGUGGUAGCUUUAGGAGAAGUAGGGGACGGCACCCUGGUCACUGUCAGAGCUGGUAAUGAUGAGAACUGUUCUGCUGAGCUGAGAAACUGCACAGCGGUGAUGAAAAACCAGGUUGCCAAGUUUAAUGACCUCAGAUUCGUCGGAAGAAGUGGGAGAGGUAAAUCAUUCACCCUGACGAUAAUGUUGGCGACUUCGCCGCCUCAGGUGGCGACGUACCAGAAAGCCAUCAAGGUGACGGUGGACGGUCCUCGUGAGCCAAGGUCCAAGACGAGGCAUCAUGGCUUCCACCCCUUCCACUUCGGGCCCCGAUUCCCACCUGAUCCCUUGAUGGGGUCACUACCUUUUAAGUUAUCAGGUAUAGCCCACCAGUUAGCGGGCCUACCGGGCGGUGAAUGGGGAGCGUUAGCGCGCCACUAUCCUCCGCCCCUGCUACCUACACCAGCGCACUUUACGCCGCAUGUCCUGCCGCACGCGCAACCUCAACAUGUACCUCCUCCGCCACACGAGACUGAUGUGACGUCAGAAAAUCCCAUAACAAUGCACGCGCACAGUACGACGAGUCCGGCUAACUCGCGUCCAAGCUCACCGCAAGACGAUGACAUCUCAGUCACUGCAUCCAGUUCCCCGCCGCCUGAUGACCGUCCUGGCGCCUUCACAUCGGUAACCAGAUCACGGAAACCGAUGCAGCCCUUACCAGCACCCUCCAGUCUUUUCCACAGUGCACUUGCAGCUCAGUUAUUCCUUAAUUCCCCUCUACUGCCUACUCCACCCGCGUGGUUAUACUCCCAAUUAUAUGGAGGCUACGACUGGUGGCUAAGACCGCCUCCACCACAAGAAGACUCCAAUCAUUCCAGCCCCGAGAGAGAAGAUGAAGGGUCAACAGCAUCAGGCACAGGGAAGAAACGUCCAGCCUCGCCAGAGUGGUCGGAACAAGGGAUGAGGACUCGUAGCAAAUCUCUGAUCACGUCAGAAAGACGACCAGUUGAUGUGUGGCGUCCUUACUAG